AACACUUUACUUAUGAGCCUCGGCAAUACGCGUGAUCACCACUGGACGUCAGUAGAAUCCAAACGACCACAAAGAUUACAGUAGACUUGUCUUAAUGACACAAAAACAAUUUUCUCUGUCACACUCAGUCACAACACACGUGUCUGGCUGCAAAAGUGCAUUGUGAGUGACGUCAGUAGCAGGCGCUCAGCUCGUGCACAGCCAGUAGCAAUUUCAGCAAAUUGCAAAUCAUUGUUGGCUGACUCCAGCAGCAGUAGUACGCGUUCGUCGAGCCAAAACCAAAUGAAUAUAGUUGGUCAUGAAUGUUUGAUCUUGAACAGAACUUAGAACAUCAAUCAACAUGUCUCAAUCAAAAUUGUACAGCCAGCAGUACAGAAAGGAGUGGGAGUCUGUCCCUGAACAAAUGUCAAAUCAUAUUUUUCGCCGAGAUGGCCAGACAAUUUGAGUAACGUUAUUGUGUAUUCCACGCAAUGACGCAGUUUUACGUUAUCACGCAAUGACAUCAAAACGUCAUUUAGCAACAAAUCAACCUGCCUCUAGCAACUUACCCUGAAAAUUAGUUGGCAACACUGCAGCCAUCCCACUUUUAGUUCAGAGAGAAACCACUCAGACAGCGUGAAGGAUGUGUGCUGCUAAAAUGACAGAAGGGAGCUUGCAUGUGGAAUCCUGCAAGGCCCCUCUGUUUUACAGACAAGCUGAACCGGCUACAGGUGAAGUCAAUCUGCCCAUCCUACUUCUGCACGGCAUCCGUUUCUCAUCUGAGAAUUGGCUCAAUAUAGGUACACUGGAGACAUUGGCCAAAGCUGGCUGUCGUGCUGUGGCCAUCGACCUACCAGGUUUUGGUCAGUCUAUGUCAGCAGUGGCCCCAUCCGCUGUAGGAGAGCUGGCCCCUGGUGGGUUCCUGAAGCAGGUGUGUGAGGCCCUGGGGAUGGGGCCAGUGGUGGUAGUCAGUCCCUCUCUCAGUGGCAUGUACUCCCUGCCCUUCCUCUUCCAGCACGAGGCUCUGGUCCGGGCAUACAUCCCUGUGGAUCCCAUCUGCACUGAGAAAUUCACAGCAGAGCAGUACAUCAGCAUACAGGUUUCUCUGAACAACCUGAGGAAGCUAGCCAAUCACAAGGUGUUGGUGAUGAAAGGAGCAGGACAUCCAUGCUAUCUGGACGACCCAGCCACGUGGCACACGGCUCUCACUGACUUUCUCACCUAUACAGCAGGGGUCUCCAACCCUGUUCCUGGAGGGCUACCGUCCUGUAAAUUUUCACUCCAAUCCCGAGUUGCAACUAACCUGGUUCAGCAUAUCAACCAGCAGAUGAUUAGAAUCAGGUGUGCCCUGCUAUAAAGUAGGUAUGUACUGGACAUGAGUCCUGGCAUUUCAGAGAUGUAAAAACAAACACCAGACAAUUAAAUGAAGUGAAAAAUAUGAACAUUAUUUAAUAACUGAUUCUCUGUAAUAAACAAUUUGAAAAUAUUUUACAAGGAGUCACAGACACAAUAUUUUACAAAUUUUACCCUCUUCUUUUUUUUUUUGCUUUAUCAGUACAAAAGAAUGGAGCGACAUGGACCAAUGCCCAGAGAGAGGGAGCUAAAUCUUCCGCGCACACACAUACACACUCAGACACCCACAAACAUUUUUUAAAAAUAAAAACAGUUUAGAUCUCAAACUUAUCUUUACUUUAUUCCAUUUUUUUUUACUUCACUUAGAAUUUGACUGAAUUUAUAAUUUUUUUGUUACAGAUUUUUUUUUUUACACAUUUGUCAAACAUGGUCACAUAGCACCAGACUACAGACUACAGAAUCACAUACACACGUGUCUUUCCCACAGAGACGCACGGACACCGCAAGGGUAGGCAGGGGCAGGGCCACGUGAAGACCCUCCCUUUAGGGCUGGCUGUAAAGCAGACCCGGUCCUCUCACCCCAAACUUGCCCUUUUUUCCCCUUAUUUUUUUUGUUGAGCAAAAAGUAAAAUUUUCAAACCACAGAAAACCGACCUGUGUCCCUCAGCACACGAUUGGGUCCCCUUCUGGGACACAUAGACGUACAAAUCAUGAUUCUUUUACCUUUUGUUUGACACAGUCCCAUGCUGUUCUGUGGAGACCCACUCCCUGAGCUAGCCUCUGACAUCCCACACAGGGAAUAGACAUCCUUGGCUUACUUCAGUCUAGAGCUGAACAUCCCCCAGCUGUGCAUGUGUAGGUAUAAUUGUUAGUGUUACAUGUGUGUGCUUUGUGCAUGUGGGUGCAUAAGGGUGUAACUGCAUGUCUGAA